GUGUGGACCAGCCACGCAUCUUUAUACCAGACCAUAUGGACGUCUGCUUUUAUAUUCUUCUGUCUUUUAUAUCGCGUGUAUUUUAACAAGCAAGUCGCACAAAUUGGAUAACGGUGCACGGAUAGAAGGCAAGAGCUCUACGGCACUGAAAGUUUCCAGGUAGGGCUGGCUGGCUUCAGUGGGACUGGGACUUGUGUAUGAAGGCAGUCUGCAGAGUAGUGAGAGAGAGAGAGUGCUGGACUGGAUGCCCCGCCUGUCUGCUCUGCAGUGGAUUCAUAUUAUCCUGGUACAGGAGGGAGCUAGGGUGGCGUGUCGUGUGUUCACUGUGCUGCCACACCUGACUGACAGAACAGAGGGGACACUGGGUAGGAGGAUCCCUCAUCUAUCUGUGGAACACUGCCAACUCUGCGGAACCUCCGAAUCUCGGAACCUCGGAAUCUUAGAACAUUGGAACACCCCAUCAAGGCCUCUAGGUCACCCUGUCCUGAAACGGUGCUACUCAGUGCUACCCUCCUCUGCCCCCCCCAGUCUGUCUCUGUCUCUCCUCCAUGACCACCUCAGACCUCCCCAGGCCCUGGACACACCAGACUGGAGACUUGUGACUGACUGACUGACUGACUGAUAGACAGACAGACAAACUGACUGAUAGCCAGACUGACUGAUAGACAGACAGAGGGGUGGAGCGUUAGAAGUGGACCUAACCAAGGACGACGAAUGGACCCACUGUCUGGUUUCUCUUCCUCAGUGAAUGGUGCAGUUUCUCACCCUGACUCGGAUGGGAUCACCCCGAUGUUGAUUCUGUACUGUUCUCUUCAACCCAAGGGCUACUAGACUUUUGGGUGAGCGCUAAAGUACUAAGCCUCGCUAAGGCAUUGGAUUUAAGUUUGCAAAGUAAAAACAGAGGACUUGAGUCAGUGACACAGCAGAUCUCAGUUGGAGUCUGAGGGACUAUCUAUGAGCCUGUGACUGUCGCCAUGACAGCCUCUGACAGCAGCUUCAAGUACCGCGCACUCUUCGAGUACAAACGGGAGCAUGGUGAUGACAUCAGCCUCCAGCCAGGGGACGUCCUGACGGUCCUGAAGGACUCUCUGAAGGACUACCAGGAAGGGGAUGAACACCGCAGCCCCAAGGGAUGGCUGCACGGCACCAACGAGCGGACCAAAGAGAAGGGCGACUUCCCUGGGACGUUUGUGGAGUAUGCAGGGGUGUUGAGGCAGGGGCUGCCCGCCGCCAAGCCCUGGUCCAGACCCGUUCCCACGACCCCUGGGGGAACACAGAGCUGCGUGUGGCCCGGACCCCAGCCUCCAGGGGCCGCUGCAGCAGAAGGUGGGGGGCCAAGGGAGGCCCCAGAGGUGUGUGCUCUGCCUGACCAGGCUCCUGUGGCGCUACACAGGCUGAUAGAAGCUCUGGAGAGACGAGGGUUGGAGAGUGAGCCUCUGUACCGGACCACCCCAGCCUCCACCGGACCCCCAGAGCUGAGACAGGCUCUAGACACAGACCCAGUGUCAGUGGAUGUGGACCAGUAUGAUCUGGCGGUGUUGUCUGAUAGUCUGAGGGGUUUCCUCCAGGACCUGCCCUCCCCCAUCAUCCCAGCCGUGGUCUACAGUGAACUGGUCUACACCGCCCAAGAGACUCAGAGCGUGGAGGAGUGUGGCGAGAAGCUGAAGAGGAUCCUAGAGUCCCCCAGCGUCCCCCAGGCCAACCACCAGCUCCUGGUGCACCUCACCAGACACCUGGUCAGGGUGGCCCAGAGUGGGGCUCAGAACCAGGCCAGCCCCAGGAUUCUAGGCCAGACCUUCAGUGAGGCCAUCUUCAAACAUUCCCACUUCUGUGCGGACGUAAACCCAGAGCACCACGUGAAGAUCAUGGAGGCCCUGAUUGCAGCCGGGGGACUGGUGGAGAUGCAGGCAGCCCCAGCUCUUCCUCCCAAGCCGGCCAAGCCCAUGACUCCAGUGAUCAGCAGCAACGGUGUGAAGGAGGGGGCUGAGGGCUCGCUACAGGAAGCAGAGUGGUACUGGGGAGACAUAUCAAGGGAAGAGGUGAAUGAUAAGCUGAGAGACAUGCCUGACGGGACCUUCCUAGUUCGGGACGCCUCCACCAAAAUGCAGGGUGACUACACACUAACACUGAGGAAAGGGGGAAACAACAAGUUAAUCAAGAUCUACCACCGGGAUGGGAAGUAUGGUUUCUCAGACCCCCUGACGUUUGGUUCUGUGGUGGAGCUGAUCAACCACUACAGACAUGAAUCUCUGGCCCAGUACAACACCAAGCUAGAUGUCAAACUCAUGUACCCUAUUUCACACUACCAGCAGGAUCAGCUGGUGAAAGAGGACAACAUUGACGAGGUGGGGAAGAAACUCCAAGAAUAUCACAAUCAAUACCAGGAGAAGAGCAAGGAGUAUGACCGGCUUUAUGAGGAGUACACAAAGACUUCACAGGAGAUUCAGAUGAAGAGGACGGCCAUCGAGGCCUUCAACGAGACCAUCAAGAUCUUUGAGGAGCAGUGUCACACACAGGAGCGCUACAGCAAAGAGUACAUUGAGCGCUUCCGCCGGGAGGGCAACGACAAGGAGAUCGAGAGGAUCAUGAUGAACUAUGAGAAGCUAAAGUCUCGUCUGGGUGAGAUCCACGACAGUAAGAUUAGUCUGGAGCAGGACCUGAAGACCCAGGCUUUGGACAACAGAGAGACUGACAAGAAGAUGAACAGCCUCAAACCUGACCUCAUCCAGCUCCGCAAGAUCAGGGACCAGUACCUUGUCUGGCUCAAUCACAAAGGAGUGCGUCAGAAACGAAUUAAUGAGUGGCUGGGGAUCAAGAACGAGAACACAGAUGAAGGGUACUUUGUCAGUACGGAGGAGGAUGACAACCUGCCCCACUAUGAUGAAAAGAGCUGGUUCGUAGGAGACCUGAACAGAACCCAGUCUGAAGACCUUCUACUGGGGAAACCUGACGGAGCUUUCCUCAUUAGAGAGAGCAGCAAGAAGGGCUGUUAUGCAUGCUCCCUAGUUGUGGAGGGUGAGGUGAAGCACUGUGUGAUUUUCAGCACACCGAAGGGCUACGGCUUCGCUGAACCCUACAACCUGUACAGCUCUCUGAAAGACCUGGUCCUGCACUACCACCAGACCUCCCUGGUUCAGCACAACGACUCCCUCAACGUCCGCCUGGCCUACCCUGUCUACGCACAGAUGCCCUCCUCCUCCGGCCCUUCCCCACGGAGAUGAGCCCCCACCCCAGAGCCCCAACAGACUACCCACCCUACCUACACAGCCCCAGGAGGGAUGAGGGGACAGGGGGUUGGGGUUGGCGUUGGGAGGUACUGGGGUGAGCCUCAUAAUCCAAACUAGUACCCGGAACCUGAGAAAAAACCCUGAGAGAGAAGAAAAAGCAACAGAAACACUUGCUGCAACACACACGUCAGCCACCUUGGAGUUAUAUAUAUUUUUACUAGAACAAUUGGAGGGCAUUCUUUGUAAAGACUGCUUGAUUUGCACAAGGAAGUUUUAAGUGUUUGUGAAUGUGAAAAAACAGAUGGAAAGGAGAAGAGUUUCAGGUGACCCCGCUGCAACCUAAACUCUAGCCGGGACUCUUACAGAAAAAUAACAACAUGAAAACACUCAAUUUUAAGGCUUUUUUUCCCGGUCGUCCGUCUGUUGCCCAAAUUAUUCUUUUAUUUCAGUCCUUUUUCUUUUUUUGGAGGGUUGUUUUCUUUAUUUUUUUCAUUUGGACAAUUUUAUUUUGUUUACUGCUUGUUUGCUAAAUGCAAGAGAUGAUGAUGAUGAUGUCGAGUGUAUGUUCUCUGUCCCUCUCCGUAUGAGAAGCAAAAAUAAUGUAGCAUAACAGAUGAAGGACAGGUGUUCAGAGUGUCCCUCCAUAUAGACUGCUGCUGAGGGGUUGAGGGGAGGGGAGGGGAGGGUUGAAGGAAGGGGACAGUGGAAGGUCGAAAGGGGCCACAUGCGAGAAAAAAAAGGUUUUGUAGUCUUAAAAGAAAAAAACGCUUGCUUUUAUACUAACCAUAGAUGGAGAGUGAGUUUGUUUUCUUGCUUGGCUGGAUUCUAUUUCCUUUGACACAUUGUAAGUUACAGUAACGUUACAAUCACGAUGUUACAGUUCGUACAGAGACCAAAGUUGUCAUGAGGAGAGAAAAGUCCACCAUUGUGUUUUGAUUAGUCUGUACGACUGGAGAAGAGGAAAGAGACGGCUUGCUUUGUUUGAUACCACACAUAAAGCAGAGUUUGGGGCCAGUGUUCAUGCACUAUACUGAGAGGUUUGGUUUAAACCAAAUGGUACGCACAGACAGAGACGGUCGGUGAGUUUGACCGUCUAGAUUUCGGUCACGUCGAGUUAGAAGCACUUAUCUAAGAGGAGAGCCCAGGCAAGGCUGCACCGUACGGUCUGACACCAGAAAACAAACAACCUUAGAACCUGAAACACGUUUUAUGUGUGGUUUUAAAACAAGAAAUGGUGUAUGUAUAUGCUAAAGUCUGUUUAAAACAAAUGGGGACUUUUUGUAUUGGUUACAGAACCUUUGAGAUAAUAAGCUUUGAUCUGUUUUAGUGUACAUGAAGCAGGUAGGGAGGGGAGGGGUUCCAAGCUGAAGACGCAUGCUUUAGAUGAUGAUGAUGAUUAAUACUUGAAGAACGUGCAAUCCAACAUUGUAUUAUGAUUAUGUAGGUUAGCAGUCACCCAGAGAGCUGAACUAACCAGCUCCCAGACAGACUCACAGGACAGAUAAUCAAAGUGCACAGUGAAGCUUUUGAAGAGCGAUUUCUUUCUUUUUCUUUUACUUCUUUUUUUAUUUUUAUUUUUAUUUGUUUCACUCAAACUUCAUACCCGGUGCUUGACUUUAUAACCAGUGGAAACAUUUAAAAAAGAAAUAAAUAAAUAAACAUUAUAACAUCACACAAUAAACAUUGACAAAAUGACAAACAAAACCAAAAUGUGCAAUUUUCCAGUCUAUUCAGUCACCUCUACUUCCUGAUAUGAAACGUUCUAUUCUGAUUGGCUGUUGUUGUUUGUCUACUGUUUUACCAUUGGCUCUCCUUGCUGCCUAUCCAAUGAGCAGCCUCUGAGACAGACAAUGGGCCAGUGUGGCGUCCCUGGGGUCCUGUCUCUCCCAGACAGUUGUCCCCUCUCUGCAUGUGUUAAUCUCAGGCCCGAUUUGAAGGCCUUGUUGAGAGGGUAGUGCAGCAGCGGAGGGGUGAUUUUGUUCUCAGGGUCACGAAGACAGCUGUUGUACAUGGGACAAGCUCAGCCCUUGUUUACGACUAUGAGGAGCGAGCCCCCUCCAAAUUCCUGCCCCUUACUGGGCUCUAUUGGGGUAAAGACACCACUCCAGCAGCAACACUGUGAGUGUGGUAAGGUCGACUACCAAAUUUGAUCUAACAGAUAGUUACACAUAAAAAAUAGGAUUCAAAUACGUAGCUUACGUCACAGUUUAAAAACACGCGUUCGUUACAAAGUCAGACUGCACCUGUCUAUCGUCUGCAGGGUCUUUACUAAACUACCAGUGGAAACCAGUUUGGGAAAGGGGUCACACCAGUGGAAACCAGUUUGGGAAAGGGUUCACACCAGUGAGAACCAGUACACUCUUAGAAAGAAAGGUGCUAUCUAGAACCUAAAAGGGUUAUUCGGUUUUCCCCAUAAGAAAGCCCUUUGAAGGGCCCUGUUUGGUUCCAGGUAAACCCUUUUGGUUCCAGGUAUAACCCUUUUGGUUCUAGAUCGAACCCUUUUGGGUUC